AUGGCGGCAACUCAUGAGGUAGCUCCAGACGCUUUACCGUAUUUUGAUCAGGGAUACGACGAUCCAGGCGUAAGAGAAAUGGUAGGCUUAUUGUCAUAACCUAUGUUAGAGUGUAAUUUUUUCGGUUUAUGCUGUUAGAUGACAAACUAAGAGGAAAAAUCGGCGCAACAUGCGUGACCAUUCGUUUGUUUUAACCUGUUCUGUUUCAUUUGAUCUAGUGUCUUUUAUACAUUUUUCUUGACAACCGCAUAUUUUGCUGCAUGUUGUUAGGAUAGGGCUGAUCAUACCACAAGUAAACGCCUUUUAGAGCCAGCAUUUAUUUUGAUUGAUUGCUCUUAUCUGUCGGCAUCAUCUUCGGGCACGUCUUCUCUAACUGGGGAGGGAGAGAUAGGAGGGCUGGAGGGCUGACUGAUACAACUCUGUGUCUUUCAUUUAUUUGCUUCAUAUAGGUAAAUCAGUUGGUCGAAGAAGAGACAAGACGUUACAGACCAACAAAAAAUUACCUGGAUUUUCUUCCAACACCAGAUUAUGAUGCAUUUGAGGUGAAAAGUUUGUUUCUAUGAAACCGGUCGAUUCGAUACAAGUCGUUUCGUUACAAUUCGUUUCGAUACAAAUUCAAGCAGUAAAAUUGCCAAAAAUUUCGUUAACUUCAAGUAUAGUUUGCAUGUAAGCAAGAAGAACAUUUUGGGUGAAUAUUCUUCAUUCUUUAAGCCCAGCAUGUGGAAUUAUUUACACCUCAACUGAAUAAACUUGUAUUGAAAUGACUUUGAAGCAAAAUGACCGGUAACCUCUUUGGCAUAACUACAGAUUACAGGGGAACUUUUUUAGAAUUAUUCUUUGAUUUGCCUUGGCGGCUUGCCAGUGAGAUAAAACGGCCUUAUCAUUCAAGUGGCUGGGGUGGCUUAGCAGUCCUGACUGAAGAGCCACAGAGCCACUAAAAUGAGUGCAUUGGUGGUAGAAAAGACUUCAGAGGCUGGUGGAGGUUUAUCUUUUUCCUCUCCAUGACAUUGCACAGUUCGAACAUUUCAUAGAUCUAAACCUGUUUAAAUAUGUGGUCAAUGUGAUUCGUAAUUGGGAAACAGAUGCUUUACAAUUUUAUUUUAUGGUGCUUUUUUUGUUAUCAGUUAUGGUAAAAGGAGAUGAAAGUAGCGGGCUAAGGAUGGCUAACUAACAAGCGGUUUUGGCCACCUGCUGGCCCUUAUUGACAGCCCUGGUUGACUUUCUUCCUGGGCAUGGAAUUUUCCAAAUUGACUUGCCUAAAAUAAUGGGCAAUUCCAAAAAUAAACAUAUCCAUACCAUAUCACAGGUGGCUUUUCGGAAUUCCAAGGGCAAGAGGGGGUUUGUUGAACUUGAAAUACAAAGACAUUGGGGGAUACUCACGAUUAGAAUUCCGAAGGCAUGGGGAACAAUAAAGAGUAUUAUGGUAUUUUUGAAAGAGGCCUAUUGAGGAGGAAGCCAUGUCCCCUUAGGUGUUUUACUGUUGUAUCUGUAACUGUUCUGGUGGCUGUGGUGGUUAAAAUCUGCACAGUUUUUGUUAAGAAACCCAGUAACAGGAGAAAGGUAUAGUGUUACAGGAGAAUAUUUUGAAAGAAGCACAACAUCUGAAUAAAAAAUAGUCAUAAGCUACCUAACAUUGGUCGGAGAAUUUUGUGUAGUAAAUGGAGAAUUCUCUGAUCUCUGAUGCCUAAUGAACAUCCUGAAUCUGUCUUUAUGUUGUUUGUUGCCAUUUCAUCCAUCUUUAUUUCACUGUUUAAAGGCCAUGUUGCUUGUUGGAAUUUUUGCCUCACAGGGUCUCCCUACACUCAACUCUUUCUUCACCCCUUGCCCAGAGAGACCAGGUGGGGUACUCCAGAUGUCAAGUGACACGGAUGAUCGAAUGGGGGCAAAAAUCAUAACCUUAAAAAAAUUCCCACAAACCCCAAACCCCCCAAAAAAUCAUGUUGGAUUUGUGAGCCUUAAAAAUUCCAGAAAGCAUUAAAUCUUAUAACAAAAUAUAAUAAUAACAAAAAAAUACCCAAAACAUACUCACCAAAUUUUCUUAUCCGAAAAAAUCCUGGAAUCAAAACUUUCGAACUCAAAAAAAUCCUUCGAUCAUCCCUGCACAUGAAAUUUGGAGUACCCCCCUGGGGACCAACGGGACCAACAUCAAUUAUUAUUCUUUUCUUAACAAUACCCAUAUCCAUCAGGAGAAAAUGUUCUGGGAGUAGAAAAACUGCCUGGAUCUUUCAUCAAAUUCUCUCAUCUAAUUCUUUAAGGACAUGUCAAGAGAUCAAUGUAGAAAAUUUGUACGUCAAUGUUAGGGCCAACAUUCUUUCUGUUUGUUUGUUUGUUUUUUUUGUUUUGGCGAAGCUAAUAAAAUAAAAUAAAAUAGGGGAUGAAGACAUUGAGACAGUGACCGACGAAUGGUAGUUCUACCAACUUUUAGUGUCCAAGUUAACUACUGUAAGACUUGUUUCUUUACAGAGUUGUCUAUCAACAGGAAGUUGGCUUUACAUGCAUUUACAAACUGCUCAUUUGCGUGUACUUUUGCUCUAUUUUUUUUAUUUUGCCAAAAAAUUGCUGAUUUAAAAUGCAAGCAGGCUUGUUUUUGUGUGGUAAUAAAACAUUGCUCUAUAGUUGUUUCAUUAUGCCUGAAAAGCCCUGAGUGGAAUGGAUAAUAGCAUAUUUUACUUACAUUUUACAAACAGGAUGUACCAACGGUAUUGAAACAUCAUUUUUUGCUGUUGGCUCACAGUGAGCUAUUUUUGUGUACUGUUUUAGACACCAGUAUUGAAAAAGGACUUUGAGAGAAUAAGCAAAAGACAAGCCAUGGAAUUACUCAGCAUGAAAAGGUAAAAAAAAAAAUUAUGUUUGAGGCCUUUAUAUGUUCACACCAUAACAGGAGUGUCAAUUACUAUGAUUACUGUUGAAUGGUGUCAGAACUAGCUGAAGUAGGCAUUAUUCUUGCAAGCACUUACAUGAUAAUCAAGAAAACAUAGGUGUGAAUUUGAGUUCAAAUGGAUGUCUGCACAUUUUAGAUAGCAACCUGGAAACCACUUGUGUGAACAGCGUAAAGAAAUGUUGAGCAAUGGCAUUUUACUUUUGGAUGCCAACAGGCUGAAUGUGGAAAAGUUUAAAUGUUUCUCAGAUUAGAUGUCUAGUGCUCAUGAUCAUACAUGUACAUCAUAAUUUUCCUGGAACUAAAAAAGGUUGAUAGAAAUGUGAUGGUCUAUUUUAAGCCUGAAUACAUAGAAGUAACCUUCCUUAAUUAACAGAUUUAUUUAUAUGUAGAUUACAUUAAUAGUAUCUUCAGUCUUCCAUUGCUCAAUUUAUGUUGGUACAUUCAUUUUUGUCUGGAAUGUUUUAGAUAUGAACUUCCUCAACCAACUGCAAAUCAAAAACAUGACAUAACAUCAUGGACGGAAGCUGUGGACAACUCCAUGGCUCAACUGGAACAUCAGGCUGAAAGGUAUGCAAGAAAAAAAAAACCAAGAUAUGCAAACACUAGUAAUAAGAACACAACAAUACACUAGUAAUAACUUAAAUAUUUGGAACAUCAGGCUGAAAGGAUAUAAAAAACAUUAGUUUCCGGGCUAAAAACCUACACAAAAGAGAUACCGAGAUACAGUCGAAUACUACAUACAUGUUCCAGUCUUGGGGUAUUUUUUGGGCAUUCUAAUGACUUUUCUUAUGCAGAGUUAUAAUAGGCUAUUCUUAUGCUAGAGGCAUUAAAGUGGUCUUAAGGUGACUUAAACGACUAGUAUAAAAAUGGACAGACACACAACAGGUGACUUUAACAUCUUAGAAAUUACAUGUAAUAAUAAUAAUAAUAAUAUUAAUUUCAUGUAAUAAUAAUAAUAAUAACAACAGUAAUAAUAAUAAUAAUAUCUUAUUAUAUAAUAAUAAUAUAUUUUAUUAUUUGGUAUUGCGCAAAUUCACAUAUACCAAAUGAUCAUGCAUCUAGUAUAAAAACAGGAUGCCCUAAACUGGAAUGCAUUAAUGCUCUGCUCAACUCCUCCAGAGACGACUUUUUUUACGGAAAACUCUGUAACUAGAAUGACUUUACAGCUAGAGCCUGGCAUAUCUUAAAUAAUUAAUUCUAUAUGUAUUUUUUUCAGAAUUGAAAAUUUGGAGCUGUUAUCUCAGUAUGGGGGUGCAGCAUGGAAGAUUCACAAUGAAACUUUAACAAGAAUUUUAGCUCAGCAACAGAAGAAGCUUAUGGACAUCAAGUAAUAUUCUUACACUUCUAAGACACAUUAAUGAUUAUGGACACAUGAGCAUUCACCAUACAAAUUUUCAAAGAUUUACUGUAGUUGAUAUUCAUUUCAUAUUUAUUACAGUAAUUUUGCAUUAGGAAAACUUCAGACCCUUACCUCAGGAUAAAGAAAUAAACUGCCUUCUUUUUUGCUCCAGAAAGGAAAUUCAAGAAAUAAACUGGCAAAGGAAGACUGAACAGGUAAAGGAAUUUCAUUGCUAAAGAUUUUCGUCUGUUCUGAAAAGAAAAUGGUACCACAUAGAAAUACUGUACUCAAGAAGGGGCUUUCUGUUAAUAGGGAGCUUAAGCAACGACGAUGAAGACAUCAAUGAGAGCGGCAAGAAUGCAAUAGGUUUAAUUAGCAAAACAACAAUUUUACACAUGCAUCAGGCUUUUUUGUACAUUUCUUUACUGCCAAUGCACGGCUACAACGUGGAAAUGCCUAUAUUUUCAAGUUUUGUGGAGGACUUGAGCACAAGACAACGACUUUCUUCUUCUUUUCCUGCAGGGGCGGAUCCAGGAUUUUUUUAGGAGGGGGUGCCUAUUUUGAGGUUUAAACCACAAAGGAAUACCAGUUAAAUUAGAAAACGCAGGUCAUCUUCAAUUCCUGCCCUUCCUGCACUUAGAAACAGUCUUUUAGAAUUCAACUCCAGAAAAAACUGCCAACAUUUGGCAAAUUGAAGGCGAAGGAAUAAGCGCGACAAAGUUUGAAGCAGCGUAUCUUCACUUUUUAAGUGACGUUUUCAUAGCUGUUGCCAUUCUUGUUGCUUAAGAUCCCUUAUAUUGUCACCUGGUAAGGUUUGUUGGACUAAUCAUUGGUUACAAUUUUCUUGUUUCCAUAUAAAAUGGGGUAGGAAGGAGAGAGUUUUGAAUAAUGUUCAAUGAUUUACAUUGUUUUAUCACUUUUUUUGUGAACUAUUUUGUUUACAUUCUUAUACUAGACAAAAGCUGGUGAACAGUUACAGCACUUGGAACAAAGGUAAGUUUGCAAUAAUAUGUUCUAACUUCAGUUUUGUGUAUACAGCUGCAUUACGUUUUAUUUUCUAUGUUUUUGUACUGAGUAUGUGUCCUUGCCACAAAUAAAGCUGUUGUUUCAUCUCUUCUUGUACAUGUAUCUGUGUGUGUGAUCUCUUUACUUCAAGGACAGAAGUGGAAGGGUAAUAAGGAGCUUAAGUACUUGUAAGCACCACAGUAACAGCAGCUAAAAUGUUGCUUUUUCAAACUUCAUUGCUCUUACGCAACUGUGUUCAAUUUGUCAAAUGUUGGCAAAUUUUUUUAGAGUUAAGUUCUAAAGGUCUGUAUCCAAGUUUAGAAGUGGAAAAGAAAAUCGUUACCUUGUGUUCAUAUGCUCUGUAACACGUGGAUUUUAGAAAUAUUCACAUUGUAGUCAUGCAACAACAGCUGAGAGAUGUACAAGAAAGUGUGUUGCAAUAAAUUGAACAAACUUUCCUGUUUCCUUAUUUAAACUUAUUACUUUUUGCUGUCCUCGUUGUUCUCACUGUCAUUUUUGCUUAACCCUGUAAACUCUAAAUUAUUAUAUCAAAAUUCAAAUUCUCAUUUGUUAUCCCUAUACAUUUUCAAUAGAAGUAGUGGGGAGAAGUUGUUGAAGUAUCAAUUAGAUUUAUCUUGUGUGAUCAUGUCCUCAAUUCUCAUGACCACUUUGUUUUAUAAAGCAGUGAUAUUACAAACAGAAAUUUGACGCUGAUCACUCUUAGGGCUUAAAGGGCUAAGCUCCCUAAUAAGUAACUUCUGGUCUGCUGUUUGAAUGAUCAUUGAUGUACAUGUAUGCAUACUUUUAACAAUUAUUAAUUUGAAUAACAAUCAGAAUCGUUUUCUGUUUUUAGCUGGGUGGGCCUGGUAUCCAAAAAUUAUGAAAUUGAACGAGCUUGUGCUGAACUUGAGGCAGAAAUUGAGAGAUUAAAACCACAGCACCAACAGGAGGAAAGAUGGUAAGUAAUGAACUGGGCUUGUUGCUACUGUAUUUGCAUUUUCUAACAAUUUAGAAUUUAAAUUAGGGUUAUUGUGUCUAAUUAAGUGUAAGUGUAGCCCUGAUAACGGUCUCCGUGCACUUGUGAGUGACUCCAAAAUGGAGAGCUUUUUUGCAGGCUUUUUGCUGACAUUUUUCACUAUGUAUAAAUUGUAAUAGAGUUUUAACUAGAAAAUAAUAAUCUUCUCUUUCUAUUAUUAUUUUUAUUUUAUCCAUUUAUUUAUUUAUUUAUUUUACAUGGCAUGUCUGUAAAGUAGCUAAUUAGCUAAGAACAUUGACCACAUUAAAUAAAGUAUUGUAUUUUAUCGUAUUGUAUUGUACAUGUCUAGAGUCUAGGCAACCAUCAGAAUCUGAUUGUGUCUUUUUGGGCAGGUAGUGGAAACAACAUUUGUUUCUACCUUCAAUAUUGUAGUACAAAACCAGGCAACAACAUUUAUUGAGCUAUUUAGGUAAUACAAGAUGAAAGAAAGUGCAAUAAAAAGCACAGGAUGAAUAUAAGUUUAUAAAUGUAAGAUGUAUAAACUGAAAGUAAGUGUGCAAUAGCCAAAGCAGCAGAACUUUCAGAGUUGGCUGCUGCAUAUUCAGAAUUUAACAAGACAGUAGUAUUGAAUGAUAAUUAUUUAUCAUAAGAUUAUGAUGUGACUCCUGGGUUCCAACCAUUUACAAAAAAGUGUGAAAUAAAUGAAGAAAAUUUUGUUCGCCUUUCUCUCUUUGCACAGAUUGUCAACACUGCCCUGGAUGGUGACCUAGGAGAGAGUGACAUUUUGUAUUUUGUCAGAGGGCGUAUUAUUUAUUCCUGUUAAACUGUAGUUUACACUCCCUGACAUCAGAGGAUACCACAAGAACAACAGCAUCAAAACUUCUUUACUGUUUGACUUGUAAGAAUAACCAAAGACGAACCUGUUACUUUGGUAAACAUAAUUAUUUUGUUAUCAAAAACAAAAGCAAUUAUAGGCAGUCAUGCCUGCAUCCAGGCAUCUUUCAUUUUUCUUUAGGUUUCUUCUUUUUUGAAUUAAACUAUUUUUUCCCUGUGCUACUUACUUGGGUUGAUUUGAGGAGUCUUUCAUAGCGUAACUGUUGCAAAGGCGGCCCUGGCCUGUGAACAGGCUCACUGCAGCUAAAGAAGAGAAAUUUGCAAAAGUUAAGCAAAGUGCUUUAAAGCUAUUAAACUUUAAUUAUCAAAAGUUUUAGGUACACCGUUACUAAUAUUCUGUUAGUUUUUAAUUACUAAACUUUUCAAAAUGUUUUCUAAAUGCUUGACAACUGAAGCCGACGUUAUUGUCUGUGCCAAUUUCCAGCAUGGUUUUCUUUUAGCGCGAAGCGUUUUCAGCGAAAAUGAAAAAAACUCAACAUUUUGAGAAAAAAUGAAAAGAUAGUUAAGUUACCGAGCUGAUUGAUACAUCUUUGCUCAUGUUUUCGCUUACUGGUAAAUGAAAUCCCAGCAAUUAUAACAAAAUAAUAACUUAGACGUUUGACCGCUGUGGAGUGAACAGGCCUUUCUGAUGGGACGAGAAGAGCAGAGCAGGCUAAAGGAAAAAGUGGAGAGAAUGAAGAAAAGAGACGUGAAUGUUUUACCUCUUCACUUACCCUUUUUCGUUGAUUCGCCUCAUCCUUCGCCACAGAGACUGUCCAGAGGCUAGAAAUGUUAGGGAUCACAGGGGGCGAUGAUUGUGUUCUGACU